AUGUUCAACAUUUUAACCACAGUAUUGAUGGACACAUUAACCACGCCGAAAGUUGUUCCAGUCCGAAAAAUUAACCACGUUCAUGUUUUAAUAAACCACGUUCAACUUGGCUGGACAUUGAGCCCAAGCCAAUCACGGUUAGGCCUGCGCCAAGAUCCUGGGCACGUGUGUCAUCCUGUGCAUUCGUCACCCUUCUGCACGCCAGGCUGCCACUUACUACUUUGGGGGAAUCCCAGCGCCGUUUUACCGCUGAACGGGGCCUUCGACUGCUUCCGAAAUUCUUCCUCUUCUCCUCUGGCACCUCCGCGAAAAAAAGGCAGAAAAAAGUAUCAUCUCUUCGUCGCGCAAGCUAGCAUUAAUCUUGGAAUCAGUCCUCUCGCGCGCUCCCGUUCACAGGCGGCAUCACCCGUCAUUCUCUGCCCACCGGCCUGCCUUCUCAAAAAUGCCAUUGCUAUCCAACUGAAUGCUGCUGCCUUCUGCGUUAUGCAUGUCCGCACCGGGAUGCGAACGCAACGGCUAGUCGUCCUUCUGGCGAUUGUCUGCCUCGUAGGGCUUUCAUUGUCGCUCCUGGGGCAUCCAGCUGCAGCUGUGAAAAGUGGAAACAAGGGGAAGAUCUUAACAAACAACCGUUUCGAACCUGCCAAGCAGCAGGAGCGGCCGCAGCCGCACCAGCACCAGCAACAGCAAAAUAGCCCUCACGAACGUCCUAUUACCGCGGAUGACUUCACAGGGCCAUCCCAUCCAAUCGCCGAGCUGUUCGAUGAUGCGAAUAGAAAAUUCGACGAUGUUCGUGCGCGGCAAUCGAAGACGCUCAAGGAUGCAGUGGAGGAAUACCGCCGCCGCUAUAAGAUGCCUCCCCCACCGAACUUCGACGUGUGGUUCGACUUUGCACAAAAAAGGGACGUGCAGCUGAUUGACGAGUUCGAUACGAUCUAUCAUUCUCUUCUACCGUUUUGGGGACUGCAGCCCAAAUUAAUUCGAGCGAGAGCGAUGGAGGUGAUUGGUUUUGAUAACGGUGUUAUCGCCAUCUUGAUCCGCGACGGCAAGGUUUCAAAAAUAACGGGUGGGGAUGAGGGUGAAACGUGGAAGCGAAAUGCGCUGCAGAAUAUGCUAGAGCCAUUUGUGAAAUUCUUGCCUGAUAUGGAUCUGGCCUUUAACGUCCAUGAUGAACCUCGAGUCGUUGUUCCACACGACGACCUUCAGCGUUUGGUGGUUCGUGCCGUGGAUAACGCUCUGCCGAAGGCUCUUGGAAAUGCUUCACCGAAAAAUUCCUGGUCACCACGGCCCAAGGACAUGAACAAGGGCGACAGGGUCGACGAGGUCAGGAUCACGCAAUUUAAUCGAUAUGCGCACCAGCCCACAUGGAUAGUCUCGCGCAUGUCCUGCCCCGUGGAUAGCCCCGCCCGUAACCUCGACGGAACAGCCGCCGACAAUAUCACCUCUUACUCCUACUCGAAGCUUGGCUUCCUGUCCAACAGCACUGCCUUCUCGGACAUAUGCUUGUCCCCUUCUCUCCAAUAUACAUUUGGGUUUUUCGACCGCCCCAAUGCAUUUAAUGUCGUCCAUGACCUCUUCCCCAUCUUCUCGCAGAGCAAAGUGUCCAGUUUCCAAGAUAUCAUAUACCCAAGCCCGUGGUACUGGGCUCAAAAGGUUCCAUACGAUGCUGCUAAGGAUAUCGAAUGGGAUAAGAAAGAAGAGCAAAUGUACUGGCGCGGGUCAACAACAGGCGGUUUCUCAAGAGCAGGCAGCUGGCGACGACAGCACCGGCAGUUAUUUGUCAAAAGGAUAAAUGGCCUGGAUUCGGCCAAGGUCCUUGAAAGAUCCACCACUCCCAGCGGAAAAAAUGCAUGGGUUCUCAAGGACGUCGCGCGACAAAAAUUCAAAGACAUAUUCAACGUCAAGUUCAGCCAUAUCGGCCAGUGCGACCCGGAGGACUGCAAAGUGCAAGCUGAGUUUUUCGACGUUGUGGAACCUGCUAGUCAGCACGAUGCGUGGAACUACAAGCAUCUUCUCGACAUUGAUGGAAACGCGUUUAGUGGCCGUUACUAUGCGUUCAUGCAAAGUAAUAGCUUGGUAUAUAAGCUUGCGCUUUUCCGCGAGUGGCAUGAUGAGCGACUACGCGCGUGGGUGCAUUAUGUGCCCCUGAGCUUGCGCGGUGAUGAACAUGUAGAAGCUGUACGAUAUCUUGCUAUGGAGAAGGAGGGACAGGAAAUUGCCCAAAAAUUGGCGAACCAGGGGAAGGAGUGGGCGAACUCAGUGUUACGAAACGAUGAUCUUGAGGUUUAUUUUUUUAGGUUGUUAUUGGAAUAUGGGAGAAUUGUGGAUGAUAACAGGGAAAGUAUAGGGUUUUCUCCCUAAAUGUAACUCGAAACGACCAUGAGGGACCUGAAUUUUUUUGGGUCAGAUGGUAAAUUUGUUUAUAUCUACAAGUACAUAAUUUUUGUGAUUUUUGUCAAGCGUC